AUGCCGAACACCUCGGACCGAGCUGUACGAUUCUCGGGUGGCAGCGACGAUGAAGCAACCACCAUAGCCAUCAUCCAGGACUUGAAGCAGCACGCCUUGCUCGAAGACGAUGACUCGUCCCCCGAAUCCAACGGCGUCGACCUGCACGCCAUCCAGCAUCAAGAUGAGCUGGGAUCACUCAACAGAUAUGCAAACGCCCCCAACAGCCUCACUGGGUCGCUAAACUCAUUGCCACCCGGGACGCACAUCAAUGGCGCCCCUCCUCCCCGGACUCAACGAGCCAGUGGAGGAGAAGCCGACGCGUUGCAGGCUCAACGCCCCAAGGGGCCUAUGAGAACGCCUUCCAAUACGUACAACCCUUCAAGCUCGCGAAAACCUGCCGUCGUACAGCCGCAGUCGUCAUUCUCCGAGGCAGGCCGCUCGUCAUCGAAAACGCGACUACGGGGAGGCGACAGUCGGUUCAAGGCGCAAGAACGAGCAUACGUCCAAACACUUCGGCAGGGAGGCUACACGGGAGAAUAUUUCAGCCAGUAUCAACAACAAACAAACGGAAAUGAAUCCGACUCGGAGGGCGGCGGAGAGGGUGAGACGCCCUCAUCCGAGGGCCCAUUCGAAGACCGCCUCGACCAAGAGACCAUCAUGUUUUACGGCAACGACGACAUACAACCAACAGAGGAAGAUAUCGCGGUGCCCGAAAAUCGGGAGCGGCUAGAGUGGCACGGCAUGCUGGAGGCUGUGCUAACGGGAGAUGUCGUUAAACAGGAAAAGAAGCGUCUCAUCAAUUCCACCGACACCACUGCCACCAAGGCUGCCUACAAAUCAGAGCUGUGGUUCGAGCUCCGCUCUGAAGCCUGUGGGAGGCGUGUUCCAGUUCAGAGGCGCAUUAUAGACGAGGGCCGAAUAGCAGUGGAUCGCGUCCUGGAGGAAGUUAUCAAUUUCCAAGUCAAGGGGACAAUCGAGGCGGGAAAGCCUCCUCACGAGCAAGUCAAAGACAUUGUCAAAAAGAUUGAGAAAUGCGAGACCCUGUAUCCUUCUUGGUCUGCUCUUGUGGAUGAGCAUAGCACUGCCGAGUCCCUCAAAUUUAUCGAAGCGUACGAGGCCAUCAUGUCCUGGUAUAACACAAACGAAAUGAUCAACACUGAGCUCUCGAUCCUGAAGAAGUGGGUUGGAAACGAAGAUCUCGACUUUUCCCGCACCAAGCAGCGAUCGCCCGCAGUUGAUGGUAUCACCAGCGACGAGGCUUCGUUUCUCGACAAGCUCAUGAAGGAGGACGGCCUGCAGUCACUGUACAACGACAAUGCCAAGGUGACGCUCAAGGGCGAUUUGGUCCAAAGAGGAAUGCUGCAGCCCAUAUCUACAGUCAUUGAUAAGGCAAAACAGACGCUGAUCCACAAUUCGAUACCGUUCCAAAAGCGUCAUUUGCCCCCGUAUCUCGACGAGCUGCUGACCCUCAUCAGCUUCCCGUCACGGCUUAUUGAAGAGAUUAUCAGAACGCGCUUGGAGUAUACUAAAAAGGUCAACGAGACGGCCCAGCAAAACCCCUUGAUGCAAAGCCAAAUGAUCACUCAAUUCCAGCUCUUGUUGCAGUUUGCGAUUAGGAUAAAGAAUGAGUACCUCACCAUCGAGAACCCAGAAGAAGGUUGGGACUUGCCUCCCUGCAUUGACGAUUCCUUUGAUCAGGUAGUGCUGGAAGCCCUACAGUUUUACUUCAAGAUGCUCAACGCGAAACUCAGCGGGAAUAAAAACACGUUCAAGGAAGCCGAGCUGCUUUUUCAGGAGUGGGACUUUGCCAAUGAGAUUGGCACAUCUCUGAACCGCGGUAACAUCAGGGUUGCAGAGCAGUUUAGUUCACUGACUCUCAAGGCAUUCAACCGCCUGAGCUCGACGUUUGACAAGGAGCUCCAAGUCAAGCCCGAAGAGAGCGCGGCGGAUAUGAGCAAGCGAUACAAGGCGGCUCUGGACUCUGUGCGUGUCCGCCAGAGAAUGCUCCAGCGCUUUUCCAGGAUGCUGAGCGAAAACUAUGAACAUGUCUGCGACUUCAACACCUCUCUGGAGCCAGCGACGACGCAAAUGCUAUAUGACCACCUCGUGGCAUCGGGUCACUUCCAGGUGGACACGCGUGGCGUGCUGGAGAGUACUGGUAUCUACCUACUAGCAAGUCCAGCUCUUAGGGAUAGGCUCUAUGACAUCCAAACCAUGAUGGCCAUCACGGCCCAGGACCGAUACCCUCCCGAUACUGGCGAUGUGUACAUUCUCCUGAUCAGGCCAGAGGGGACGUUUAUGUGGAUCGGCGAUACGGUAUCCAUUCUGCUCAAAGAGCAGACCGUCGAUCUGAAGCGCGGCCAAAUUCGGCUGUGUGCCACAGGAAGCCAUUCCCUCUCUCAGGCGCGCAAGCUAUUCCUCGAUGCCGCCGACAUGCAUCUCGACCUCGUGGGAGAGUCACGGUCCAACAUUCACAAGGUGAACACGAGGCUGACUGAAAUUCGUCGCGUGGCCUACAAACUCUCCGAAACGUUCAUGAACAGCGUUGAGAUUAUCAGAAACCAGACUCAAGGCAAAGACUGCCAAGAGCUCAUCCAAACCUGCUUCAUAUUUGCCACAGAAUUCGGCCAGCGCUCGCUCCUCUACAUGGACAGCAACCGCCGACAGAUGAACAAUAUCAAGCUGACCAAACUUGCCCUGGACUGGGUCGGUUUCAUCUGCGAUGACUGCAUGGCGUCAGAUCGAAGAACUUUUCGAUGGGCGGUGACUGCUCUGGAAUUUGCCAUGCUCAUGACCCGCGGACGCCACAUCCUGGGCCUUGGCGAGGAAGAGUACGAAAGAGUGCGCGCCAAGGUUGGCGGGUGCAUGGCUGUCCUGAUCUCGCACUUUGAUAUAAUGGGGGCCAGAUCCAACUUGGCUGCUCAGGCAGAGAGGGAGCGAAUCGAAAAUCUGGUGAUUCAGUUCAAGAAGGACAAGAACAAGAACAUGGAUGACGACGAGGCCACUUGGGGUGUCAUACAGCAACGAGUGGCAAAAUUGGAUCUGGUGGACGAGCUUCGACAGGAAAAGGAGUCUGAACGACGGGCGCUAGGUCGCGUGCUUGAGACCAACAACGAGGCCGAUCGUUCGCUGGCAUAUCUCUCAGCGUCGGCCACAAACGUUACGGUGCGAUGGCAGCAGGGCCAGUUUGUUGGCGGAGGCACUUUUGGCAACGUCUACGCCGCCAUGAACUUGGACACGGGUCAUCUCAUGGCAGUCAAGGAGAUUCGUCUCCAGGACCCCAAGCUGAUCCCAACAAUUGCAGAGUCGAUUCGCGAGGAGAUGCGCGUUCUGGAAGUUUUGGAUCACCCCAACGUUGUGUCAUAUCACGGCAUCGAGGUCCAUCGAGACCGUGUUUACAUCUUUAUGGAGUUUUGCUCUGGAGGAUCGCUUGCUAGUCUGCUCGAACACGGCCGUAUUGAGGAAGAGGAGGUGAUUAUGGUGUAUGCGCUUCAGCUACUGGAGGGUCUUGCGUAUCUGCACGAGAGUGGAAUCGCUCAUAGAGAUAUCAAACCAGAGAACAUCCUUCUUGAUCACAAUGGUAUCAUCAAAUAUGUGGAUUUCGGCGCCGCCAAGCUCAUCGCCCGACAGGGCCGCACCAUGGCAGCCGAUCUGCACGCUACAAAGCCAAACAAGUCGAUGACUGGAACACCGAUGUACAUGUCGCCAGAAGUUAUCAAAGGCGAGAAUCCCGGUAAGGCCGGAUCGGUGGAUGUCUGGUCGUUGGGAUGCGUGAUUCUCGAGAUGGCAACGGGACGACGGCCAUGGGCCAACUUGGACAACGAAUGGGCAAUCAUGUACAACAUUGCCCAAGGUAACCCGCCGCAACUUCCCUCGCUAGACCAGCUUAGCCCUUCGGGCAUCGACUUUCUUACCAAAUGCUUUGCACGAGAUCCUAAGCAGAGACCGUCGGCAAUUGAGUUGCUGCAGCACGAAUGGAUUAUGACUAUCAGAAACCAGGUGGUUGAGCCGGCGACGCCGAGCGAUGCUAGCGGAUCGUCUCAGUCGCCGUUUAUAUCAACCACCUCUACCAGGACAAGUAUUGGGCCAGAUGGCUUUUAUUAG